AUGUGCUGGUCAUUGUCAAACCACUCUCAUUCUAGGGAAGGACUCCAACAACAACCCUCGGAGGAGGCAGAUGCCAUCAUCGCUGUCACUCAGGGCUUCCUCGCCGCACUAAGCACAAAAUCACGGGUCGACUUCGAGAAACACUGCGUUCGGGCUGGAGGGAUGUCCCUUUCACCUCCAUCUCCGACUUCCCUGCGUUUCUGCACGAUCGGUUCGUUUGUUGAGCAUGUUGCUACGCUCAAGGAUGAUAUCAACGAGCGCAUUUGGGAUCCCGAGAUCAAAGUGCAGGAAUCCGGCAACCUCGCCGCCGUUUGGGCACCUUUCAGGUCGAAGAUAAAUGGGAUCGUGGAUCACGUUGGUGUCGAACUUUUCGUGUUGCAUAAGCUCAACGGGAUAUGGAAGGUCACUGGACUCGCGGAUUCCUGUCGGCAGCCAACCGAAGAGGAAAAGUUAUUGGAUUAG